GGAUGAAGAGGAAGUACCAAUCCUCCCCGACGCGGAACAGCUGCCGCCUCACCCACUCCAAGCACCCUGCGAGGGGGGAAACAGGGUGCUGACCCCCCAAAACCCCAGCCCCCAGAAUCCCCCUUUUUGGGUGGGGGGUCUCACCUCGGACCCUUUUCCGGGCAGCGGGGCAGGGUCUCCAGCUGUGCUCCGACACCAGCACCCUCUCCUCCUCCUCCUCCUCCUCUUCCUUCUCCCCCCGCAGCCCCCCGGGGACGGGGCGCUCCAUCCCGGGGACGUUUUAGGGGACCGCACCCCCUUUUUUGUAGCACCCCCUGACCCGUCCUCCCGCCUCGGCCUCCGCUGCCCGACUGAGUUUGCAAACGAGCUCAUUAAAAACGACCUUGACGAAUCCGACGGACCCGCUCGGGCCGGAGCGAGCCGGGUUUCCUCCCCCCUCCGCCACCCUCCAGCUGCCAGUCCCAACGUACAUCCCGCGGCGGGGACGAUUUAAUAAGUAUUUUAAUUAAUUAUCAUGAUUAUUCCUUAAUAAUAGGCAUCGCAUUCCAUGGCGUUGAGCUGGGGGGGGGGAACGGAGAGGGGAAAAAUUUCCACCGUCUCCGGCGCAAGACCUAAAUUUAGCCGGUUUUACGAGAGGUCUGGCAGGCGGCCGGGAGCCUUAACGAGGCUUUAAAAAGCUCGUCAAGUCGAAAUAUCCCGAAAUAACCGAUCCGGCGUCGCCUUCGCCGGGAGGAGAACGAGGAAGGGGGUUCCGCUCUUCCCCCCGGCGGGAGCUGGGGCUCGCAGGUGGGGGCAAGCGGUGGGUGAAGGGGAGAUCCUCUCCCACCCGCACCAUGGAGCUUUUCGGGAGCUUUGUCCGGCCCCACGGGGAGACCUUGGGGUUCCCAGCAGCUCGCCCCGGUAACACGGGCGUGGUGAAGACCCUGGGGAACACCUAUCAGUUCACGGUGGACGUCAGCGACUUCGCGCCCGAGGACAUCAUCGUCACCACCUCCAACAACCAGAUCGAGGUGCACGCUGAGAAGUUGGCCACGGAUGGCACCGUCAUGAACACCUUCACCCACAAGUGCCAGCUGCCCGAAGAUGUGGACCCCACGUCAGUGUCGUCCUCGCUGGGGGACAACGGGAUGUUGACCAUCCGGGCUCAGCGCCGGCCGGCCAAGCACUCCGAGCACGUCCAGCAAACCUUCCGGACUGAGAUCAAGAUCUGAGGGGUCGGGGGGCUCCUUUCCCCCCUCUCCUUUCCCUCCCUCGCUAAUUAAAUGGGUGAUUUGGGAAGGAGGCGGGAUGUGGGGUAGGGAAUGGGAAGGCUCCCUCCAGAGUGGGGUCAGACCUGUGCUGAACGCAUCCCGUCACCCACCGGAGCAACUCCGGAGGGGAGUCCCAGCUCCGGUGAUUUUUAGCUGGCGCGUGUUGAGGGGAGAGAUCCAGCGUGCCAGGAGUCCUGCUGGGAGCCAGGUUCCCUUCCCAACCCUCCGCCAGAGCUUGUCUUUGUAUAUAGAGCUUGGGAUAAAUUAUUGAGAACGUC